AGGAAACUGCACAGCUCCAGAGUAAAGCACUGCAUCAUAAAUAUCGUCGAUAGCUGUCGAAAUCACUCAGAUAGCAAAACUCUGGCCAUAAUGGAAAAGAGCUCUAAAAACUUGAUCUCUAGCUGGCAGUAUUACUGCAAAGAUGGAAUGCUUGACUCCUUUAAAGGCUUCAAAAAGCUGCAGAACUGUCAGGACACAACGCUAGAAAAAAUAAGAAAGUGUGCAAGUUCAUUUUACAAGAAAUUUGACGAGAACAAGGGUAGCCGGUCUUUGUGCAGGUUAGAAUAUUGUAUGUGAUUUUCAUGCAUUCUUCCCUCAGCGAGUGUUCUUGCAUACGCUCUACAACUUAGGUGCACUUUUAGUCAAAAUUAAUUUUCUCCGAAUCCGUUUUCGUUUCAGAAAAUUCUCCAAAGCUAAGAAGUGCAUUAGAACGGCCCUAGAAAGGAACUGCGGCAAGAACUCUUGGGAAAAGAAUGCUGCGAAGCUAUACCAAGACCCUUACAACCCUUAUUGCCCCGGAAGGGUUGAUGUGAAAAGAAAACCAGGUGUGUAUAGCACUUCGUGAUGUACGAGGUGAAUUAAUAAUAAUAAUGAUAAUAAUAAUAAUAAUAAUAAUAAUAAUAAUAGUGAUGAUAAGGGUGAUGAUAAUGUUGAUGCUGAAAUGAAGCCUUGGGAUUAGGCAAAGACACUUCUAUCUUUAUUUUAAUCUAAUUUUCUAUACUUUUUCUUUAUAGUGCCAAGAAGUCCUAGAAGACGGUUCGGAUCAUGCUCAGAAAGUGACUACUUGUCUUUGACCAGAGUCUGCAUCGCAAGCUUCGUGCAAACGCUCCAAAAAAAUCCCAAAACAUCUUGCAGGUUCGUAAGUGUAGUUUGCAUCCUCAGCAUAUUUUUAUCGAUAGAUAACGACGAUAUCACACGGCCGCAAAACACGAGAUGAAAUGCCACACCAUUUACUUUAAGUAUGUUUUUGCUGCGAAAGGCACGAUUUAUUAUGUAGCCACAGCAACGGUGAUACGGAUGAACAUGAAAAACUUGAGUAGUUCAAUAUACAUUUUCUGGCGUUUUUCCUUUCAGACAGGUUUACAUGGACAAGAUCAACAAAUGCGCGAAGAACGUGGCUCUUCACUGCCAUAAAAACGAAUCAAAAUACGAUAGAAGAAACGUGGAGCGAUCCUUCAAUAGCAGAAGCUUUCGAGCCUACCAAGAACAAGUUUAUUGCAAUGGCAUGAACUUACAGGUUCCCCUUCCACCUUCUUUGAAACGACAUCAAUGCUCGAAGAACUUUCUGGCAGAAAAGGGGAGAUGCGAAGACAACUAUGUUAAGACUUACAGAGAGAACAAAGGGGACAAGACUCUUUGUAGGUAUGUAAUUUUUGUAGCUUAAAUUGAAUUAAGGCUAAACGUAAGUAUUCGGUUUCUCAAAUGUGCUCUCGCAUGGGAAACAGGUAGCGCCUCUACACGCCUAGCCUGUGUGCGCAGAGUUAAUAAAACCCCACCUAGUAAUGUCUGCCAAACAGCGCCGAUAUCCUUGUUCUGGGCCUCUUUUACCGCAAGUGAGUUUCGAAUUUCCCUUCAAGCUUACUGGCAAAUUGACAUUUUUUUGUGUGUAACAAGCCAAUCAUGGCGCGUGCUCAAAUCCUGGUACCUAGGCGGGGGCCCACAAUUUCGGCGCUGUUUCGCAGACGGACUAAAUCAGAAGUUUAGUGGCCAUUCCAUGGCUUGCAAAGACUUAGUAUUUAUUCUCUCUCUUUCUUUCUCCAUUUUUUUUCAGGAAGUACGCAGAAGCAAAGGCCUGUGUCAAGAAUGCCACACUUACCCUGUGCAACAUGAAAAAAGAACAAGUGGAAGUUGUAAACUUUUAUUGCGACACGUUUAACCCAUUUUGUUUCAACCUAUCAGACCCACCGAUGGUUAAACGGUCGCUGGUGCCUUUGCCUCGCGUCUCACGCGAGUCAGAUCCCCAGCUCCCCGCGAUUACACCCACUCGAAGUGUAAAAGGAAGCGGUGAAGUGAAAUCUCGGGGAGGGGGUCAGUCAACUAGCCUCGCAAGCUAUCGUUUUGUCCUAGUUUUAUCUGUAGUAGGUUUCAUUCAUACUCUUUCAUAA